AUGUCAGAGCACGAGAUCAAUACAGAACGACUAGUCUCAGAGACCAGGGGCAUUAACCACACCGAAGGAGGCUGGCCUAAAGAUGUGAACUGCCAGGAACCCGACCAAGUCGUCCGUUUCAGGAAAAAGGUCGAGAAAGACGAGAACUACACAGUUAUUUUACAGAGCCUCGGAGCCGUAAGUAAAAAGGAUGAAGUUUAAUUUUCUGAGGUUGUUGAACACUGCAUCAAACAAAAUAAUGCGAUUGACAUCUUUGAAGACUAUUUUGAUAAUAUAGAUCAGGAGGCAUCCGAGGAACCACCGUCAGCUAAGGUGGUAAAUGUUUUCAGGUAA